AUGUAUCGCGAGCCAAAAAGAAGUUCUAAUACACCAAACUUGAGAGAUCAUCUCUUACGACGCAACCACGGACUAUAUAAACCUAAUUCCAAUUCCAAAGAAUCGUCAGAGGCUAGUCCAUCAUCGCAAAUUGCAGGACCAAGUGUAAGUCGAAAUCGUUCCCCUACAGUUGAGUGUGAAGAUGAAGGGGAAGCUGAAGUAAUCGAUGAUUCACCUUUAGCGAACAAUGGUAUGUAUUCUAGCCAAGACAAAAAAAAAAAUCAAACGAAGACUCUUACCGGCAAGGAAAUUGAAAUAGAUAUAGAACCAACAGAUAAGGUUGAAAGAAUUAAGGAAAGAGUAGAAGAAAAAGAAGGUAUUCCACCUCAACAACAAAGGCUCAUUUUUUCUGGCAAACAAAUGAAUGAUGAAAAAACAGCUCAAGAUUACAAAGUCCAAGGUGGUUCGGUUCUUCAUUUGGUGUUAGCUCUUCGAGGUGGAAAAUUUUACUGAAAUGAGGGACUUCAAUCUUUGUUCUUAUUUACAUAUGAAGACACGGUUCUUCUUUUUCAAGCUUAUAAUUUUUUUUUAACUUAUAAUUAUUGUAUGAGUAAAUAUUUAUAAAAUGUUUGCUGUAAUGUUUCUGUAUGAUGCGAAUACAUUUAUGAAGCAUUUAUACAACCAAUGUAAAUAUAAUUUGUUAAAUGCAUUCUGAUAAUUAAAACAAUUUUGUAAAAGCUUUGUGUUAUAUUGAUUAUUUUAGUUGAUUUUAUUAUGAAGUUAAUGAUUAAUAGUAGAAAUAAUAUAGUUUUAUGCUACUUUGGGUGGGUCAUAGUAGUUAAG